ACAAAAAGUAAACAUAACCUAAAAACUUUCAGUUUGAAGGAUAGAACCGGUGAAUUUAGCAUUUUUCAAUAAAAUUAUCAUAUUACUGUAGCUAACUACUAUUGAAUUUGCUAAAAAUUAAUUAUAUCUCUCUUCAAUCAUUUAGCUUUCUAAUUGUUUCGUAAUAAUAUUAUUUUGUUCGAUUUCUUUAAAUACAGUUGAAAAUGAGCUGCCGCAAUGUUGAAAUCAAGGCAAAAGUGAAAGAUUUACCAAGUUUUUUACUAAAAUGUGAAGAAGUUAGUCAAUCAGUCGGUGAAGUUAUAAAGCAAGAGGAUUUCUUCUUCAAUGCAAAAGAAGGUCGCUUAAAAUUGAGAAAAUUUGAAGGAGGCGCAGCUGAGCUAAUCUUCUACGAUCGGCCGAAUAUGGAAGGCCCCAAGCUGAGUGAAUACGAGAAGUGCAGUGUAUCAGAUGGCAGCAAACUGCAGGCGGUACUCAGUCGAGCGCUGGGAGUCAGCGGAGAAGUCAGAAAGUACAGACACUUGUUCCUAGUCGGCCAAACACGCAUCCACGUCGAUCAAGUGGAGAAUCUGGGCUCAUUCAUGGAGUUGGAG